AUGAGAAACCACAGUGUUGUCUCCGAGUUCAUCCUCCUCGGGCUGUCUACUGACCCCCAGGCCCAGGCUCUGCUCUUUGUGCUGUUCCUUAUUAUUUACCUGCUGACCCUGAUGGGGAACCUGAUGUUGCUGCUGGUGAUCAGGGUUGAUUCUCACCUUCACAUCCCUAUGUACUUUUUCCUGGGACAAUUGUCCUUCCUGGAUCUCUGCCACUCCUCCGUCAUUCCCCAGCUGUUGGAGAACCUCCUGUCUGAGAAGAAAACCAUCUCAGUAGAGGGCUGCAUGGCUCAGGUCUUCUUUGUGUUUGCCACUGGGGGUACUGAAUCCUGCCUACUCACUGUCAUGGCCUACGACCGCUAUGUUGCCAUCAGCUCUCCUCUGCUCUACGGCCAGAUGAUGAACAGACAGCUGUGUAUGGGCCUGGUGUGGGGCUCAUGGGGCUUGGCUUUUCUGGAUGCUCUCAUUAAUAUCCUUGUAGCUCUCAAUUUAGACUUCUGUGAGGUUCAAAAUAUCCACCACUUCAGCUGUGAGCUGCCCUCUCUUUACCCUUUGUCCUGCUCUGACGUGUCUGCAAGUUUUACUGCCCUUCUCUGCUCCAGCCUCCUGCAUUUCUUUGGAAAUUUCCUCCUGAUAUUUUUCUCCUAUGUUCGGAUUUUGUCCACCAUCCUGAGCAUCAGCUCCACUAUGGGCAGAAGCAAGGCCUUCUCCACCUGCUCCUCCCACCUCACUGCAGUGAGCUUCUUUUAUGGCUCAGGAUUACUCCGCUAUCUCAUACCAAACUCAGGACCCACUCAAGAGUUAAUCUUCUCCUUGCAGUACAGUGUGGUCACUCCCAUGCUGAAUCCUCUCAUCUACAGCCUGAAGAACAAGGAGGUGAAGGCAGCUGUGAGAAGAAUGUUGAGAAAAGGUUUCUAG